UCAACAACUCUCUGUUCUGUCUCUCAUUUCCUUCAUUCUUCUGAUCUCUACCGCAGUUUCUUAUUCAGAAGCCCAUGGCUUAAACAUGAACGCCAUUGACAGAUGCUGGAGAUCCAACCCAUACUGGAGAAAAAACAGACAACAACUCGCCACUUGUUCAGUAGGUUUCGCCGGAAAAAUGACCAACAACAUGGGAAGAAAUCUCAUGCACUACCAAGUCACUGACCCAAGCGAUGACCCUAUAAACCCACGUCCAGGUACUCUCAGAUACGGCGCCACAAUGAUCAAACACAAAGUCUGGAUCACAUUUAAAAAAGACAUGCACAUUGUGCUUCAGAAGCCUCUUCUUGUCAGCAGCUUCACCGCCAUCGACGGCCGAGGCUCCACCGUCCACAUCACCGGAAACGCCUGUCUGAUGGUGGUCAGAGCCACCAACAUUAUAAUCCACGGCCUUAUCAUCCACCACUGCAAGUCUCAGGCGGCGGGUCAAGUCAUGGGUCCCAAUGCUAAGGUAAUUUCACUUGGAAACGUGGACGGAGAUGCCAUCCGUUUAGUAACGGCCUCGAAAGUUUGGAUUGACCACAACACGCUGUACCGGUGCGAGGAUGGGUUGCUCGACGUCACCCGUGGGUCCACUGACAUAACCAUUUCCAACAAUUGGUUCCGGGACCAAGACAAGGUUAUUCUUCUUGGUCAUGAUGAUGGCUAUGUUAGAGAUCGGAGCAUGAGAGUCACUGUCCUCUAUAACCAUUUUGGACCAAAUUGUAACCAAAGAAUGCCCAGGAUUCGAUAUGGGUAUGCACACGUUGCAAACAAUUUAUACCAAGGUUGGACGCAAUACGCAAUCGGAGGGAGCAUGAACCCGAGCGUGAAGAGUGAAGCCAACCUUUUCAUCGCAUCAAAGUCAAAACAAGUCAUAUGGAGCACAGGGAAAGUAGAGGAGGCAAAAUGGAAGUUUCACUCAGUGAGAGACGCAUUUGAAAACGGAGCAUCGUUUGCAGAAAUUGGAGUGGGGAAAGGAAGAGUAAAGCCAAAUUACAAUCCCCAACAGCGGUUUCCAGUGGCAGAUGCUAAGUGGAUCAGAGCAUUGACAAGCUCAUCCGGGGCAUUGCGCUGCACAUCAAAUUCUAAAUGCUGAUAUAUCUCUACUCAUAACCUUAUAGUUAUUGUUAAUUUUUAAAUAAAUGGAUCUCAUCGAAUAUUUUGAUCCACUAUAAAAAUAAAGAGAACAUUUUGAUUAAUCACUACUUUUUGUUAUUAGUAUAUAAUAACAAUAAUGCAAUGCAGUUUCAUUUCCAGUUAAGUUAACAAAGCUGGCUAAGGAUAUGGGACAGUAGCCACCUGAUAUCUGAUGUACCAAACUUAUUAAUUCAUACGAAUAUAUAUUAUAAUAUAUAAUGUGUGUAUGGAUAUAAUGAAUAUAACAGAGAGAUGAGAGAUGUAAUGUAACCAAGAAAUGAUUAGUGAUAUUCAAAGGCACACUUAAUUAAGAAGGAGAAAGGGAAAAAUU